AUGCCAGGGAAGGGGAGGGUAUUAUUCAAUGGACUCUUCAACAAAGAUCACAUGCAGUACGAAGCGGAUCGAAAUGGUACCCCAGCUAAUGGUGAGCCUCACUUGUCUGAGAUGACGUCAGCAGCUUUGGAACUUCUUGGGGGACAUCGCAAUGGUUUCGUACUGAUGGUUGAAGGAGGAAGGGUUGACCACGCUUUACACACCAACAAUGCAAAAAGGGCCAUCAUAGAGUUAUUGGCUGUUGAGCAGGCCAUCGAAGCUGCCUUGGCGCAAACCAAUCGAAAUGAAACUCUCAUUAUUGUGACUGCUGACCAUUCUCAUGUAAUGACUUUCAAUGGAUAUCCAGAAAGAGGAAAUCCAAUUUUGGCUCUGGCUGCUCCUAUGGCUACUGCCAGGAGUAUUCUAGAGAGUCUUGAGCCAAACCUUUUGGAGAUUGAUUUUCAUGAGAAGGCUAUCAAUGAUACUCAGUUACUUCUGUUUUCCAAACAGCUGGAAGAGGAAUUGUUUUUCAAAAAGAAAAAUCCUGCUGAGGGAUUAGUAGUUUGGCAGGCACUUCUGAAUCAAGACCUCCUGGUUGAUCAAAUCACCAAGCCUACUGCAGAAAAAGUGAAUUUAAAGUACAAUCCCAGCAAAAAUUUUGGAUUGCCGCCUGAGAUAGCUGCUAUUUUUAUGCGUGAGGUGGCUGUUUCAGUUGACGGUCAAACAGUUUUGGAUGGGAGCAGGGAUCUGUUUUCCUGA